AUGGCGGCAUUGAUGGCGAACAACCACGGCGCUCGUCGCAGUUUGCUGACGCUGCCCCCAGAGGUGAUCAAAGAAAUACUGCGCAACCUCCUUCUGGUUGAGCGCAAUCGCGUCUAUCAGACCACCUGGGGCGGGAUGGACUGGCCUUACCCCGACAUGGCGAGGGACAGCAAUGAGUUCCGUGAGUGGUGGGUACGCGUUAACGACAUGGCCAACCCAACAACGGCAAGAGUCGAUCGCACAACUGAGCUCCGCUGGGCCAGAGGACUUGCCAAAUACGCAGUCAGGCUCGACCUCGCCAUACUCCGCGUCUGCAAGACUCUGCAUGAAGAAGGCGUCAAGAUAUUGCUUCAAGAGAACAAAUUCGUCGCUGUAUUUGGGAUGGGACAAGUCGCGCGUGUCGACGGAAUGAAAUGGCCAAAUUUCUGGAGUCCAUCGUGGAGAUGGGAUGCAGAGAACGGUCGAUUCCUUUGCUCGUGGUAUGGCCAGGAAACCGUUGUCAAUGUCAGACCAGUCUUGUCACUCUCCCGUCAAGGAGCAAAACAAGCUGAAAGAAAUUCUUUCAACCUCAUGCCGGCUGCUGAUCUCCCAUGUUUGGCCUCAGCUCUGGCAGCCGAAUACUGGGACUUGAGGAAGUCACCAGCCGACGAUGCCGAGUUCAAACUCGAUUUGACAAUCAGAGCCAACGCCAGACCCAGUGAUUUCGGAGGCAACAACCAAGGAGGGGACGACAUCAUUGACUAUCUCACACCCCGAUUGUUUAUGUGGGUUGGUGAGAGCGUGAGACACGUCUCAAUUUCUGUUUCGGAUCCCGAUACAGUCGGAGAUGAUGUCCAGAUAUGCGUCGACCUAGCAGAGUCAAUAAUCGGCAUUGUUCAGGCCUGGAAUCGCGCAACAAGAGAGAAGCAAGUUGAGUUGUUUAUCCAAUAUGUCAGUGAACACUUGGAAACUAUCAACAGCGCAGUUAAAGAUCGAAAUCUGGACAAAGCAGACAGGGCAUUCUGCAGACUAUGCGAGGACCUUCAGGCCUUGCGCUUCCAUCCCGCCAUCAAACCUACCUCAGAAAGGACCAACUUUGAGUCGAUUUCCUUGACCGACCUGCUCAAUGGAUACUGGACCAUUUUCGCGCUCGCCUGUCACAGCCUGUGCAGUUUGAUACCAGUCAUGAACGCUUACCCCAGGCGAUUUCGCAGUCGGAUGUCCUUUGUGCGCUGGGCCAUCAUGCGCGCAGAGAUACCAAUCUCUCAUCUUAGACGCGACCGAGAAUGGCACCUGCGGGCCGCCCUGCAAUCCACCCGGCUCCUCAUUGACGCAGGCUGUACGCGUUGGGUUGUAUACAACUGCAUCCACACCGCCGCAAAGAUCAUCGACGUCUGUUUAAUGAACGACCCGACAAGCGGCAGGGUCCAGCGAAUCAGGGACCUCAAGAGGCACAUUCCGUCAUACAACAUCCUGUCCCUGGAGCCGGCGUCCUACCAUUACCCUCACCCGAGGUCGUUGACCAGCAGAGAUCUUGCUGGUAUUGAGCAGUUGGCCACGAGGUGGACGCAGGAGGUAGACGCGGUUUGUGGAGAUGGCCUUGUGGGCUUGAGCCAGUUCCAAGGAGCAUAG